UUGUAGUAGACGUAGCGAGCAACUAAAUAAAAUAAAUAAAUCGCGAGUGUGGAUAGCUAGCACCAAAGAAUACAAUACUCACUCCACUCGCCAAAACUUGCGCCGAGCGCCUCGAGAGAGUGUGCUGAUCCGGCAUGACAGUUAACAUCCUAUAUCCUGCCCUAAGUAAAAUAAAAUGCCAUUGUUUAGUGGACGCUGCUUGAGCACAGCCAAGUUGGUCGGCAAGACUGCUGUAAUUACGGGAUGUAGUUCCGGAAUUGGCAAGGAGACUGCCCUAGACUUUUAUAUAAGGGGAGCAAGAGUAAUUAUGGCCUGUCGUGAUUUAGAAAAGGCAGCAGCUGUCAAGUCUGAAAUAGAGGAAAAAUGCAAGCAUGUUGCAGAGACAGGCAAGCUGGUACUCAUAAAAUGUGAUCUAGCUUCUUUGAAAUCUGUCCGGGAAUGUGCUCAAACAAUAUUAGAUACCGAACAACAGAUUAAAAUCUUAGUUAACAAUGCUGGAGUCAUGAUGUGCCCUAAGAGCUACACAGAAGAUGGGUUUGAAAUGCAAUUUGGGACAAACCACUUGGCACACUUUUUGUUAACUAUGCUCCUUCUGCCCCGCAUGAGGAACAGCACUCCAGCAAGGAUUGUAACUGUCUCCUCCGCAGCCCAUACCAGAUAUGAUAUCAACUUUGAUGACUUAAAUUAUAAAAAUAGGUCAUACAGCCCUGCAGAAGCUUAUUCUCAAAGCAAGAUAGCAAAUGUUUUGUUCUCUAACGAACUGGCUUCUAAAUUGAAGGAACAUAACAUUGAUGGUGUACAUACAUACAGUUUGCAUCCAGGUGUAAUAAAAACUGAAUUGGGUAGACAUUUGGAUGACAGCUUGUUUUGGGGAGCCCGGCGACUAAUUGGCAUAAUGUUUAUGCCAUUCCUUAAGUCUCCUAAACUUGGUGCUCAAACAACCAUAUAUUGUUCUGUUGAUGAAAAAUGUGCUGAUGAAACUGGCUUAUAUUACAGUGACUGUGUUGUUAAAACUCCGGCCAGAAAAGCUCUAAACGACGGAUAUGCUAAGAAACUGUGGGAAGUUUCGAUGGAUCUUGUUGGACUAAGACUAGAUAAUUACAACCCGUUUACUAGCUGAGGACUCUGCACCAAACAAAGCGGAGUUAGAGCAAAACUAGAAGAGACUAAUAAUAUGUUGGCGGGUGCUUGUAGUCGCGUUGCGGUCAUCAUUUAAAUAUACACUUUCACCAUUAUCUCAACAACGGAUUAUAUAAUUUUUAAUUUCUCAUGCUCUGAAAGAGGGUCAUUGUUGUUCUAAAAGGUGCGCAGAAAAUGAUACGUGUCUGCACUAGAGCAUUUUACGUUCGAAGUACGAUAUUUUUAAUUUUUUUACGAUAAGCAAUUGAAAUUUGAGUUUAAAUGGAUUUGUUAUACAAUUUCCAUUGUGAUACUUGACUCUCCAUUCCAUAAAUAACGAUACUUUUG